CGGAGGCGCGGCGCGGCGUAGGCUGCUCCAGGCCCAGGUGAAUGGAGUAACCUGACAGCGGGGACGAAGCGACGGCGAGCGGGAGGAAAUGGCGGCGGCGGCGGCGGCGCCGGGCGGUACCGGGAGGCCUGGGCUGUGACGCGCGCGCCGGAGAGGGGUCCGAUGGUUCUCGAAGGCCCGCGGCGCCCCGUGCUGCAGUAAGCUGUGCUAGAGCAAAAUGCAAUGAAAGAAGCACUGGAUGAAUGAAAAGCCCUGCUUUGCAGCCCCUCAGCAUGGCAGGCCUGCAGCUCAUGACCCCUGCCUCCUCACCAAUGGGUCCUUUCUUUGGACUGCCAUGGCAACAAGAAGCAAUUCAUGAUAACAUUUAUACGCCAAGAAAAUAUCAGGUGGAACUGCUUGAAGCAGCUCUGGAUCAUAAUACCAUAGUCUGUUUAAACACUGGCUCAGGGAAGACGUUUAUUGCAGUACUACUCACUAAAGAGCUGUCCUAUCAGAUCAGGGGAGACUUCAGCAGAAAUGGAAAAAGGACGGUGUUCUUGGUCAACUCUGCAAACCAGGUCGCUCAACAAGUGUCAGCUGUCAGAACUCAUUCAGAUCUCAAGGUUGGGGAAUACUCAGACCUAGAAGUGAAUACAUCUUGGACAAAAGAGAAAUGGAACCAAGAGUUUACCAAGCACCAGGUUCUCAUUAUGACUUGCUAUGUCGCCUUGAAUGUUUUGAAAAAUGGUUACUUAUCACUGUCAGACAUUAACCUUUUGGUCUUUGAUGAGUGUCAUCUUGCAAUCCUAGACCACCCCUACCGAGAAAUUAUGAAGCUCUGUGAAAAUUGUCCAUCGUGUCCUCGCAUUUUGGGACUCACUGCUUCCAUUUUAAAUGGGAAAUGCGAUCCUGAGGAAUUGGAAGAAAAGAUCCAGAAACUGGAGAAAAUUCUGAAGAGUAAUGCUGAAACUGCAACCGACCUGGUGGUCUUGGACAGAUACACUUCUCAACCAUGUGAGAUUGUGGUAGACUGUGGGCCAUUCACGGACAGAAGUGGCCUCUAUGGCAGACUGCUGGUGGAGCUAGAGGAAGCACUUAACUUUAUCAACGACUGUAACAUAUCUGUGCAUUCGAAAGAAAGAGAUUCUACUUUAAUUUCUAAACAGAUCCUGUCAGACUGUCGUGCGGUAUUGGUGGUUCUGGGCCCCUGGUGUGCAGAUAAGGUAGCUGGAAUGAUGGUAAGAGAACUGCAGAAAUACAUCAAACAUGAACAAGAGGAGCUGCACAGGAAAUUUCUAUUGUUUACAGACACCUUCCUGAGGAAAAUACAUGCACUAUGUGAAGAGCACUUCUCUCCUGCCUCACUUGACCUGAAAUUUGUAACUCCUAAAGUAAUAAAACUGCUUGAAAUUUUACGCAAAUAUAAGCCGUAUGAGCGGCAGCAGUUUGAAAGUGUUGAGUGGUAUAAUAAUAGGAAUCAGGAUAAUUAUGUGUCUUGGAGUGAUUCUGAGGAUGAUGAUGAGGAUGAAGAAAUUGAAGAGAAAGAAAAGCCGGAGACAAAUUUUCCUUCUCCGUUUACCAAUAUUUUAUGUGGAAUCAUUUUUGUGGAAAGAAGAUACACGGCCGUUGUCUUAAACAGAUUGAUAAAGGAAGCUGGCAAACAAGAUCCAGAACUGGCUUACAUUAGCAGCAAUUUUAUAACUGGACAUGGCAUUGGAAAGAAUCAGCCUCGUAACAAACAGAUGGAAGCAGAAUUCAGAAAACAGGAAGAGGUCCUUAGGAAAUUUCGAGCACAUGAGACCAAUCUCCUCAUUGCAACAAGUAUUGUGGAAGAAGGUGUAGAUAUACCAAAAUGCAACUUGGUGGUUCGAUUUGAUUUGCCCACAGAGUAUCGGUCCUAUGUUCAAUCUAAGGGGAGAGCAAGGGCACCGGUCUCUAAUUAUAUAAUGUUAGCAGACACAGACAAAAUAAGAAGUUUUGAAGAAGACCUUAAAACAUACAAAGCUAUUGAAAAGAUCUUGAGAAACAAGUGUUCCAAGUCAGUUGACACUGGUGAGACUGACAUUGAACCUGUUGUGGAUGAUGACGAUGUGUUCCCACCAUAUGUGUUGAGGCCUGAUGAUGGUGGUCCACGAGUCACAAUCAACACGGCCAUUGGACACAUCAAUAGAUACUGUGCUAGAUUACCAAGUGAUCCGUUUACUCAUCUAGCUCCUAAAUGUAGAACCCGAGAGUUGCCUGAUGGUACAUUUUAUUCAACUCUUUAUCUGCCAAUUAACUCACCUCUCCGAGCCUCCAUUGUUGGUCCACCAAUGAGCUGUAUCCGAUUGGCCGAAAGAGUUGUAGCUCUCAUUUGCUGUGAAAAACUGCACAAAAUUGGUGAACUGGAUGACCAUUUGAUGCCAGUUGGGAAAGAGACUGUUAAAUAUGAAGAGGAGCUUGAUUUACAUGAUGAAGAGGAGACCAGUGUUCCGGGAAGACCAGGUUCCACAAAACGAAGACAGUGCUACCCAAAAGCAAUUCCAGAAUGUUUGAGGGAUAGCUAUCCCAAACCCGAUCAGCCCUGUUACCUGUAUGUGAUAGGAAUGGUUCUGACGACACCCUUACCUGAUGAACUCAACUUUAGAAGACGGAAGCUCUAUCCCCCUGAGGAUACCACAAGAUGCUUUGGAAUACUGACAGCCAAACCCAUACCUCAGAUCCCGCACUUUCCUGUGUACACGCGCUCUGGAGAGGUGACCAUUUCCAUUGAGUUGAAGAAGUCUGGUUUCACGUUGUCUCUGCAAAUGCUUGAGUUGAUUACAAGACUUCACCAGUAUAUAUUCUCACAUAUUCUUCGGCUUGAAAAACCUGCACUAGAAUUUAAACCCACAGACGCUGAUUCAGCAUACUGUGUUCUACCUCUUAAUGUUGUGAAUGACUCCAGCACUUUGGACAUUGACUUUAAAUUCAUGGAAGAUAUUGAGAAGUCUGAAGCUCGCAUAGGCAUUCCCAGUACAAAGUAUUCAAAAGAAACACCCUUUGUUUUUAAAUUAGAAGAUUACCAGGAUGCAGUUAUCAUUCCAAGAUACCGUAAUUUUGAUCAGCCUCAUCGAUUUUAUGUAGCUGAUGUGUACACUGAUCUUACGCCACUGAGUAAAUUUCCUUCCCCUGAGUAUGAAACUUUUGCAGAAUAUUAUAAAACGAAGUACAACCUUGACCUGACCAAUCUCAACCAGCCAUUGCUGGAUGUGGACCACACAUCUUCAAGACUUAAUCUUUUGACACCUCGCCAUUUGAAUCAGAAGGGGAAAGCUCUUCCUCUAAGCAGUGCUGAAAAGAGAAAAGCCAAGUGGGAAAGUCUGCAGAAUAAACAGAUCCUGGUUCCAGAGCUCUGUGCUAUACAUCCGAUUCCAGCGUCACUGUGGAGAAAAGCAGUCUGUCUCCCUAGUAUACUCUAUCGCCUUCACUGCCUUUUGACCGCAGAGGAGCUAAGAGCCCAGACGGCCAGCGAUGCUGGCGUGGGAGUCCGAUCACUUCCCGUGGAUUUUAGAUACCCUAACCUAGACUUCGGGUGGAAAAAAUCUAUUGACAGCAAAUCUUUCAUCUCAAUUGCUAACUCCUCUUCAGCUGAAAAUGAUAAUUACUCUAAGCACAGCACAAUUGUAGUCCCUGAAAAUGCUGCACGUCAAGGUGCUAAUAGAACCUCCUCUCUAGAAAAUCAUGACCAAAUGUCUGUGAACUGCAGAACGUUAUUCAGUGAGUCACCUGGUAAGCUCCAAAUUGAAGUUUCAACAGAUCUUACAGUAAUUAAUGGUCUUUCUUACAAUAAAAAUCUUGCCAAUGGCAGUUAUGAUUUAGCUAACAGAGACUUUUGCCAAGGAAAUCAGCUGAAUUACUACAAGCAGGAAAUACCUGUACAACCAACUACCUCAUAUCCCAUUCAGAAUUUAUACAAUUAUGAGAACCAGCCCAAGCCCAGCGAUGAAUGUACUCUACUGAGUAAUAAAUACCUUGAUGGAAAUGCUAACAAAUCUACCUCAGAUGGAAGUCCCACGACGGCCGCGACGCCUGGUACUACCGAAGCUGUUCGAGCGCUCAAGGGCAGGUCGGGUUCUGAGAAGAGCCCAUGUCCUGGGUACUCCUCGAGAACUCUUGGCCCCAAUCCUGGACUUAUUCUGCAGGCUUUGACCCUUUCCAAUGCUAGUGAUGGAUUUAACCUGGAGCGGCUUGAAAUGCUUGGUGAUUCCUUUUUAAAGCAUGCCAUCACCACGUAUCUGUUUUGCACUUACCCUGAUGCUCAUGAGGGCCGCCUUUCAUAUAUGAGAAGCAAAAAGGUCAGCAACUGUAAUCUGUAUCGGCUUGGAAAAAAGAAGGGACUGCCCAGCCGCAUGGUGGUAUCAAUAUUUGAUCCCCCUGUGAAUUGGCUUCCUCCGGGUUAUGUAGUAAACCAAGACAAAAGUAACACAGAUAAAUGGGAAAAAGAUGAAAUGACAAAAGACUGCACGUUGGCCAACGGCAAGCUGGGCGAGGACUUUGAGGAGGAGGACUUUGAGGAUGAGGACCUGACGUGGAGGGCUCCAAAGGACGAUGCCGACUAUGAAGAUGAUUUCCUGGAGUAUGACCAGGAACAUAUCAAAUUUAUAGAUAACAUGUUAAUGGGAUCAGGAGCUUUUGUAAAGAAAAUUUCUCUUUCUCCUUUUUCAACCACUGAUUCUGCAUACGAAUGGAAAAUGCCCAAAAAAUCCUCCUUAGGUAGUAUGCCAUUCUCAUCAGAUUUUGAGGAUUUUGACUAUAGCUCUUGGGAUGCAAUGUGCUAUCUGGAUCCUAGCAAAGCUGUUGAAGAGGAUGACUUUGUGGUGGGGUUCUGGAAUCCAUCCGAAGAAAACUGUGGUGUUGACACAGGGAAACAGUCCAUUUCUUACGACUUGCACACUGAGCAGUGUAUCGCGGACAAAAGCAUAGCCGACUGUGUGGAAGCCCUGCUGGGCUGCUAUUUAACCAGCUGUGGCGAGAGGGCUGCUCAGCUUUUCCUCUGCUCGCUGGGGCUGAAGGUGCUCCCGGUAAUUAAAAGGACUGAUCGGGAAAAGGCCGUGUGCCCUACUAGGGAGAAUUUCAGCAGCCAACAAAAGAACCUUUCAGGGAGCCGUGCUCCUGCCUCUGUGGCCAGCUCGCGCUCCUCGGUGUUGAAAGACUUGGAGUAUGGUUGUUUGAAGAUUCCACCAAGAUGUAUGUUUGAUCAUCCAGACGCAGAUAAAACACUGAAUCACCUUAUAUCGGGUUUUGAAAAUUUCGAAAAGAAAAUCAACUACAGAUUCAAGAAUAAGGCUUACCUUCUACAGGCUUUUACCCAUGCCUCCUACCACUACAAUACCAUUACUGAUUGUUACCAGCGCCUGGAGUUCCUGGGAGAUGCGAUUUUGGACUACCUCAUAACCAAGCACCUUUACGAAGACCCGCGGCAGCACUCCCCGGGCGUCCUGACCGACCUGCGGUCCGCGCUGGUCAACAACACCAUCUUCGCGUCGCUGGCGGUCAAGUACGACUACCACAAGUACUUCAAAGCCGUCUCCCCCGAGCUCUUCCACGUCAUCGACGACUUCGUGCAGUUCCAGCUGGAGAAGAACGAGAUGCAGGGCAUGGACUCCGAGCUUAGGAGGUCUGAGGAGGACGAAGAGAAGGAGGAGGACAUCGAAGUUCCAAAGGCCAUGGGGGACAUUUUUGAGUCGCUUGCUGGUGCCAUUUACAUGGAUAGCGGGAUGUCCCUGGAGAUGGUGUGGCAGGUGUACUAUCCUAUGAUGCGGCCGCUCAUAGAAAAAUUUUCUGCAAAUGUGCCCCGUUCCCCUGUGCGAGAAUUGCUCGAAAUGGAACCAGAAACUGCCAAAUUUAGCCCGGCUGAGAGGACGUAUGACGGCAAGGUCAGAGUCACGGUGGAAGUGGUAGGGAAGGGGAAAUUUAAAGGCGUCGGCCGGAGCUACAGGAUCGCCAAGUCUGCAGCAGCAAGAAGAGCCCUACGCAGCCUCAAAGCCAAUCAACCUCAGGUUCCCAACAGCUGAAACCCCUUUUUGCAACGGACAGAAAACAAAAAACAAAAAACAAAAAGCAGAAUUAAGGGGAAAACUAUUUAAAUCGAGGAGGAUGAUUUAAAGUCCAUAGUGAGUGGAAUGAAUUGAAGGCAGAAUUUAAAGUUUGUUUGAUAACAAGAUAGAUUACAGAAUAAAACAUUUAACAUAUGUAUAAAAAUUUUGGAACUAAUUGUAGUUUUAGUUUUUUGCGCAAACACAAUCUUGUCUUCUUUCCUCACUUCUGC